CCCUCCUGUCCCCUCCCUCCCGCGGCGGGGCCGUGCCGAGCCGGGCCAUGGAGCAGCACCUGCGGCGCCUGCGGCAGGAGCUGCUGUCCAUGAAGGAGGUGGGGGACGGGCUGCAGCAGCAGAUGAACUCCAUGAUGGGCGCCCUGCAGGAGCUGAAGCUGCUGCAGCUGCAGACGGCCCUGGAGCAGCUGGACCUGGCCGGGCAGCGCAGCCCCCCGGAGCAGCGGCGGUGCAGGGGACACACGGACACGGGACACACGGACAGGGGACACACGGACAGGGGACACACGGACACAGUGCUGGGACACAGCAUGGACACAGUGCUGGACAGGGGACACACGGACAGGGGACAGAUGGACACAGGACACAUGGACAGGGCACACCCAGGGGAGGCUCAGGGACGCUGCCCCAUGCCCUGGCCGCCCGCCCUGCCCCGUGGCAGUGCCCUGGCACACGCCGGGUGCCCUGCAGCCGCCGGGCCGGGCUCGUGUCCCCCUGCAGGAGCUGUCCCUGUCCCCAGCGCAGAGGAGCACAGCCAGCCCUGGGCGCUGCAGGCCGGCAGCCAGGGCACGGCUGGGGGGUGGCUGCUGUGCCAGGAGUGCCCGGGCUGUGACGAUGGCCACGACUGGACAUCAUCCCUGAUGUCCCAGAGCAGGAACCGGCAGCCGCUGGUGCUGGGGGACAACGUCUUUGCAGACCUGGUGGGGAACUGGCUGGACCUGCCCGAGCUGGACAAGAAGGGGGACAGGAGCGAGGCCCUGUCCUCCAGCAGGUCCCAGGAGCUGUGCAGGAAGUUCUCCCUCACCGCCAACAUCUUCAAGAAGUUCCUGAGGAGCGUGCGGCCGGACCGGGAGCGGCUGCUCAAGGAGAAGCCCUGCUGGCUUCCCCCCGAGGACAAGCACAUCUCCAAGAGGCCCAAAAAGAUCAGCAAGCUCAAGGGGACGUUUUACCUGCCCCUGCAGAGCCGUGCCAGCAAAGCAGAGAGGGGUCCCAGGGCAGAGAGCCGCGGGGAGCGCCCCAGAGCCGGCACCAGGGACUUCGGGCAGGCAGGGUUUGACAUCAACACGGCCGUGUGGGUCUGAGCCCUGCUCUGCACUCCACACCCGGCAGGAGCUGAGCUCAGACCCUCCUGAGCUCCCACGGGGACAGAGGAGUCCUGCAGAGCAUCCUGCAGCCUUCCCUCGCUGCACAUGGAAGGUUCUGGAGAACCAUGGCUCCAGGGGCUGCCUGAGCUGCAGCCCCACCUGGGGACACCUCUGGGGACUGGUUGUGGCAGAAAUAAUCUGAAUCCUUAGCAGCUUUAGGGGGAGAGGUGCCACAGGUGCUGCUGCCAGGCCCAUCCCAUCAUCUGCAGCUCAGCAGCUGCAGCACAAAGCCCACGGCGUGCAUGAGUGUGUGUGAGUGUGCAAAUAUACAUAUAUCUAUAGUUUUGUUAAAAAAAUCUAUUCCUGCUCGUGUGCACUUGAACCUGAGUUACAAACCAGGCAUCCCAAGCCUUGUACCUGAAGCACUUGUUAUUUAAAUGGGAAGAAAUGUUUGAAUUUAUGAGACUUGAACAAUCCCUGAGUGGGGGCAAUCCCCCACCUUUGGGGGUUUCCCCUUGAGCUGCAUCCCUGGUGCUCUCCCAGCAUCUCUCCCUCCCCUCCCAGUCAAAGCAGGGCACACAAGGCUCCUUUCAGGGCUCUGUGACCCGGGGGUCUCGGUGGGUUUGCUCCUCUCCCCUCCCCUGGUCCCUGUGGAUCACUCCAGGUCCAGCACUGCUGGAGUUUAUUGUUGGAUUUUCACCAGGUGCAAAGUUCAGUCCCCAUUUCUUGUUGUGUUCCCUGUUGCUGUUGUACAAACCUGGACAGAACCGAGUUCUUCAGUGUCCGACUCUGUGAGAGUUUCCAAUAAUAAAGUGGGAUCGGUCUGGUCUCC